UAGAGUAAAUGUGUAAACUGUGUCAAUCAAAAUAGAAAAUAACCCAAAUAUACAAAAAUUUUCUUGUGAAAAUGUACACAUUUCAUAAUAUUUGUCGUACAUGUUCGUGUCAAGGUGAUUUACGUUCCCUGUUCGAAGCUGAUCCACUAAUACUUGCAAAUAUGUUAACUGAAAUCGUUGACAUAAAGGUGGUGAAAGGGGACAAAUAUCCGCAAAACAUUUGUUCAUUCUGUGUGGAUAAAUUAAAAAACGCAUACUUAUUUAAAAAACAAUGUCAAGCGAUUCAAAUAAAACUCGAAUUGUACUUACAAAGUAUCGCUGAAGCAUCUUUCAAUGUUGUCUACAAAGAAGAAGUCUUUAACAAUACAGCAGAAUCAACGCAAGAUAAAGUUGAAACGGCUUCCGAAGUACCAGAAGCAGACGAUUCAAAACCAGCCAUAGAACCUGUGAGUAUUCUCAAAGUUGAAGAUGGAAAUAAUUCAAGUAAUUGGAAUGAUGAUUGGGCGGAUGAUAUGGACCGUGAUGAUAAUCCCCCGUCACCUAUUCCCGACCCAGCUAUUGAGCCGGAUAUUAAUAUCUUUACACCACCGGAGAAGAAAAAGAAAGAACCAAAACCAAAAAAUUGGAACCGUAAAGAACGUCGACAAAAAGGUUUGGUACGAAAAAAGGUCGAAUGUGGACAAUGUCAUAAAAAGGUCGUCGAUUUAGAGGUACACAUGAAGAUUCAUCUGAACAUUCCGUAUAAAUGUGAAAUAUGCGGAGCGGAAAUGCUACGGAAAAAUUAUGCUCGUCAUUUGAGGUCACAUAAAGAUGUUAGGCCUGUUCAAUGCCAAAAAUGCCUCCGCAAUUUCCGAGAUAAUUACACUUUACGAUUGCAUAUGCGCACACAUUCUGGUGAAAGGCCUUUCCAGUGUACAGAAUGUGACAAAACGUUUAAAUUACGUUUUCAAUUGACAAAUCAUCUGGAAAAACAUCGACGUGGUGAAAUUAAGAUACCAAUUAAAGUGGAGGCGUCGGAAAGAGAACAGCCUAAGGAAAUCGCUGAUAUAGGUUGCGAUAAAUGUGAUGAAAAAUUCACGACUAAAUUAGGUUUACAACGGCAUUUGAAUUUGACCCAUGGCAUUGGCAAGAAAACAUGUGUAUGCGAUUUGUGUGGCAAAAUGUUAGCAUCGAAAAUAUCGUUAAAACAUCAUCAAGAACAUUGUUCGGUGAAAAAAGAAAAUGAAGACAAGUCGGAUGAACCCAAGGAUUGGAUUUGCGAGGAAUGUAACAAGAAAUGUAACUCAAGAGAAGCCUUAAAUUUGCAUAGAACAACUCAUCGUAAAAAGACACAUUUAUGUAUUCAAUGUGGUAAACUAUUUUCGUCGAAAUUAACGCUCAAAGGUCAUCAAUUGAUUCAUUCCGGUGGAAAACCGUAUAAAUGUACAAUUUGUGAUCAAAGCUUUCGACAUAAACAACAUUUAUCGAAUCAUCGACGUACACAUACCGGUGAAAAACCAUUUAAAUGCACGGAAUGUGAUAAAUCUUAUACGGAAAAGAAAAGUUUAACGGUUCAUAUGCGAAUUCAUACAGGGGAAAUGCCUUAUUCUUGUUCGUAUUGUAAUAAAGGUUUCUACGAUUUAAGUAAUUUUAAACGACAUGUUGCUUCGCAUAAAGCAAACGAGGGAAAAGAACCGAGAAAAUCUCAUCAAAAUAUUCAUAAUUUUAAUUUACAAAAUUUACAAAAUGCUUUUAAUCCAUCAAGUCAUCCACUUGGAUUUGGUCAUCUUUGAAUGUAAUCCGUAUUAGAAAUAGGGAAUCUAAAUUUGGAUAUUUCAUAUUUAGUAGAGCAAGAUGUUUUGAUUACCAUCAAAACUUUUUUAAACAAUAUUAUCUUUACAAAGAUAAUAUCGUUUGAAGCGAUAUAUAUUCUUUCCCAAGGCGAAAAGGGGAAUCGUGUAGUCAUUUUGAAAUGACUAAAUUCACAUGAUUACAAGCACAGGUUUGUAAACAUUAAGUAAAAAAAUUAUAAUUGUAAAAUAGUUGAUAUGUUCGUUUUGAUACUUAAAUGUUUUGAAUUUUUGUUUUAUUUUUAUGAAGUGGCCACUAUUUAUGCUCAAUAGUUUCCCAAAUUGGUAAAAAAAUAUCAGGAAGAAUGAGGAAGUUUGUGAUUUAGGUAGAAUUGCUUUCUUAAAGGCCUAAAACUGAUUACGCUUGAAUAUGAGAGAUUGUAUCACAGACUACAACUAGGUAAUUUAAUCCAUUUGGAUGAAACUGUUAAAAAUUGAUUGAGUUUGUAUGAAUGCCACUAUUAAUUAUUUAAUAUUAAAAUUGAAUAUGAAAAUUUAAUUUGAAAUUCUGUCGGUAAAAAAAAAAAAUUAUAACUUUUAAUUAAACGUAGGUCGUUUUUAUGUGAGAGUAAUUAUAAAAUGUAAAUAUAA